AGUUGAAAGAGAGAGGGAAAGCGAGAGUCAGGAUCCGGUUCUCUUCGAGUAUUCCUGCGGCUAACCGAUCCGCGCGCUGAGGGACGGCUGCUCCCAGGACGUCAAUAAUAGAAGAGGAAGUUAUUGUCCCCGCGGGCCACCGUAUCACACGCUACAGGAGGGGGGAACAGGGGCCCUUUCAGCAGGGCUCUAGGGUUACUGCCCCCAGACCGCGGGCCCCCCCACACAGAGCCCGCCUGUGUGUCCGGACGGCUGCAGGAUGCGGGCGUGAGGAGGUGACAGCUGUCCUGCUGGCCCUCACUGGGCAGGGUAAACUACACCCACUGGUCCCAGUGGAGGACCAGUCUGUAGUGGGGGGAGGGGGUUUCCUGUGUGUGAUUAACUUGAUCCAGAUUCCACCUUGCUGAAGCAGCUGACCUUGGUGACCUCUGGCAGGCCGUGUUCAGCAAAACAAAUAUAAGAUAAUGACGGAAAACCGCGGACAUAAAACAAUGUCCAGGGUCACUCGUGAAACAGGACACCUCUGAAACUCAUGAGGCCUUUGAGAAGGUUUACCAAACCCAGAAGACACAGAGGGAGACGGCUGGGCUUGGUGGGAGGGGCAGAGAGAGGAGAGAGAGAGAGCUGUCCUAACGCCGCGAGCCAGGAGCAGCAGCAGAACGCAGGUCAACAUGCUGACCGCCCCUCACAGGACCAGUGGAGGAACCCAGCCUCAAUAACCGAGGCACGGCGGCUCCGAACAUGUUGUUGUGUCCUCAGUGACAGAACCCCGACUUCAGCGAGUCCAGACGAUGUGAGCUGCCUUCAGCACCUUGGCGUGAGUUAGAGAUGGCAGAGAACGGGCCGGCCAAGGCCUCCGUGGGGCUCACCUCCGUCACCCUCGCCGUGUGGAUCCUUCUGCUGGUCCCAGCGCUGCCGGAGAGGACAGGAGAGUCCAGCGAUCCCAGGAGGGAGCUCAUCAAGGAGCUGCUGUCAAAGUGGAGCAAGGGAGGCGUCUGGAACACGCCCCAGGCCCCGGGGCCAGGACCGGACCGGGACCCGAAGGUCCUCCACCCCCUGGUGAGGAGCAUCAUGGGGGGCCUCAAAACCCUCGGGCUCUUCCCCAACAACGACCCGGGCCCCUCAUCCCCGAACAGGGCGGUGGACCGCCACCGCCUGUCCAGCUUCCUGUACAACAUCUCCCAGUACCUCCAGGAGAUGGGCGCGGAGCUGGAGGAGGGCCCGGCCAGCGAGGAGCAGCUGUGGGAGAAGGUCCUGCAGUCCUUCAUCCAGUCGGAGGGCAGCGCCGCGCAGAGCCAGUGGAGUGGCCAGGGCCCGCCGCGCCCCAGCGUGCGGCUCCAGGACUGGUUCCUGGCCCUGCGGGGCAGCCCGCACUGGGACUGGGCCCUGGGGCUCCUGGAGAGCCUGAUCUCCCUCUCGGAGCGCCAGCCCCAUCGGCCCCUCCUGGCCUUCCUGUCCCAGAACUGGCGCACGGUGUCAGCGCUGCUGGACGCCAUGCUGCAGGGCCUGGUGAGCGGCAGCUACGGCCAGGCCAGCGCCGCCCUGCAGGGCUUCAUCUGCGCGCUGAAGGGCCGCGCCGACUGCUCCUUCAGCGUCAGCUGGCUGCAGCAGCUGCUGCUCUUCCUGGAGGGGCGGAGCUGGAGGCCCGUGGUCAGCGUGCACCCCAUGGGGGGGGGGCCCGACAGCCAUCGGGCCCCUGCCGCCUCCGGGCGUCUGAGGCCCUUCAGCCUGCCCCCCGAGGCCACGGAGGAGGGGGGCCCCCUGGGCAGCGGCCCCCUGGGGAGCGGCCCCCCUAGUAACGGCUCCCUGGGAGACGUGGAGGAGCUGUGGUCCCUGGCGGAGGACCUGGGCUCCAUGCAGAGCUUCCUGCUGAGCGCCCUGUCGCGGUCGGGGGCCGGGGGCCGCGCGGGGCCCCCGGCCGAGAGGAGCCCUGCCCUGGUGGCGCGGCUGGACGGGCUGCGGCGGGGGCUGGUGCACCGCGUGGGCAACACCGUCUACAGGAGCCUGAGGACCAAGGUGUCCCGCGUCACCAUGGCGAUGCUGGAUGACGUCAGCAGCCGGGUGGAGCUCCCGCACGCCAACCCCCAGGGGAAGUGCUCCGUCGGUGACCUGAGACAGCUAAUCCUAUGGGGGAUCAAACACAACGUGACCUGGAACACCCAGGCUCUGGGCUUCAGCUCCCAGGGGCCCCCCGCCGCCCCCCCAUUCCUGUCCUGCCCCGACGUUGAAGACCCCGGCCCCGAGUACUCCGGGCCCCUGGCCCGGCCCCACGCGUCCCUAAGACCCACGCUGCUGUCAAGGAAACACACCCCUCCCAUCACCAUCUCCCGGAGACAGGGGGACCCCCGGAAUGAGGCCCCCCAGAGAGAGGCCCUCGAGCCCCUGUGGCCCCCGGCUGCGGCCCCCCGGAGAGAGGCCCCUGAGCCCCUGCUGUCCUCAGAGAUCCUGGAGGCGGCGUGCAACGCCUCCAUCCCUGGGCUCACCGGCGUGUCCAACUUCACCGUCUUCCUGUACUGCAACCUGUUCUCCGCGGAGAACAGGUCGGGGGCCGCGGGGCCAGCCGCCGGGGGCCCCGACCUCCACGCCACCUGCUCCGACGCCGCAUGGUACCUGUGGGCGGCCGAGGAGGACUUCCUGUGGGUCCACGUCUGCAGCGAGUUCUUCGCCCAGGAGUUCAACAACACGGUCUGCGCCAACUCCUCCUUCUGGCUGCAGAGAGCGCAUCAGGCCGCGGCCUCUAAGGACGACCCGUACUUCAACCCUUCCAGCAUCAGCCAGCUGUGUGUGGCGCUGUCGGGGGAGCCCGUGAGGAGCACGGCGCCCCCGGACCCCGCCUGCCUGGACGCGCUGGCGUCCCACGCCCUGACCGCGACCGACUUCCACCGCUGCUUCCUGCCCAACGACUCGGCCCUGAUCUCCGCGCUGUGCGGCCCCCCCGACCGGGCCCCCGAGGGCGGCUGGGCGGCAGAGUACUGCUCCAAGGCCUCCCCCCCGCUCCGGGCGGGCCCCGGGGACCCCUGCGACUACGGGGCGUGGCAGCCAGAGAGCUUCACCAACGCCUCCCUGCUGGAGAGCUGCGGGGGGCCCCGGGGCCUGAGGGACUACCUCUGUGACCCCGCCUCCCUGCCGCCCCAGGGGCCUGACGAGCCCGACCUCGACGAGCUGUGCGCCGACGGGGCCCCUGAGCCGGAGCCCGGGCCCUGCUUCCUGCAGAGGUUCUUCCAGCUGCUGCCGGCGCCGUACGACUUCGACAGCUCCCAGCUGUGCGCGGACCCCGGGCCCAUGCUGCUGGAGGCCCUGGGGCGGCUGAGCGCCUGCCAGCUGGACGAGGGGCCCCGCGGCGGCUGGCUGGGGGCCCUGGGCUACGCGCUGCGCGUGCUGGACUUCAUGGUGGGGGUGUCGGCGGGGCUGGAGGAGGGCGAGGGCGAGGCCAGGGCGGGGCUGGCCCAGGCCAUCCUGCUCUCCAGCCUCCUGGACAACGCCUCCUUCUGGGGCGCGCUGAGGCCCCAGGCCGCACGCAGCAUCCUGCACACGGUGGGGCGCUUCCUCCGCAUGGAGCAGGACCCUGCCCUCAAAGAGGACCUGCUGGGCUGCUUCAGCCCUCUGCUGUGGGAGCUGAUCCAGAGAGAGGACAACUCCUCGUCGCUGCGCGUCCUUAUGCAGGAGUACCUCCAGAUGCCCAGGGAGAGCAUCCGCACGCUGGUGAUGUCUGCGGAGAAGGACGCUGUGAAGAGGUUCCUCUCCCACGUGCAUCAGAGCUGGGACCAGCUCCACGUUGAAACCACGCAGGCGUCCCAGCAGGAGCUCCAGGCAAUGGAGUCCAUGACCGCCGCCUUCAUCCACAAGUUCCCGCGCGUGACUCCUGAGCUCUUCCUUGACCUGUCGCAGUUCAUUCCUUUCAUGUCCGUCUCCGACAUCCUGACCUUCCCCGCUUCGCUUAUCGUCAACGACAGCGUGUUGAUGGCUAUCCGCGACCACAGCGCAGAGAUGCGUCCGGACCAGAAGCAGGCGUUCGUCAAGCGGCUGCUGCAGUCCAGCGUUCUGGGGGACGUCCCCACCUGGCCCCCCUACUUCCUCAGCUCGCUGCUCCCGCUGCUGCCACACCUCCCAGUCCACCGCUUCCAGCAGCUCACCUCCCAGCAGCUGGCUCCUCUGGUGGAGCUGCUGGCCAACAGCAGCCUGGACGGCACCAGGGGGCGCCACGUUCUGCGGACCCUCCUGCACCGCAGGAAGAACCUGACCGGGGACCACCUGCUGAGGUUGGGGGGGCUGGCGUGCUACCUGGACCCGGCCGACCUGGGGCCCCUCCUCCAGGGGCCCCUGCUCCAGCCCCGGUCCGCUGGCCUCUGGCAGCAGCUGGCCCGCUGCGUGUCAGAGGGCCACCUCAGCCCCGCCGGCCGGCUCUCCACCUUGCUGCUCCCUGCAGUAGCCGCUCUGGACUCCAGCCUCCUGUCCCGUGAGGAGCUGUCAGCGCUCAGCGGCCUGCUGCCCCGGCUCGGGGCCUCCUUCCUGGAGCCGCUGACCACCCCCCGGCUCCUGGAGCUCCUGACAGCCCCGGGGGUCCCCAGCUACCCCCCCGCUCAGGCGUCUCUGCUGCUCUCGAGGAUCUCAGAGGACACCAAGAUCACCAUGGAGACGCUGUGCCGGCUGAAGCCCCUCCUCCCCGGCCUGUCCCUGGCCGUGCUGCGGGCCCUGGGCUGGUCUGAGAUCAGCUCCGGGGCCUCCUGCCAGUGCUGGAGCAGCCUGGGGUCUGGUCUGAGAGCCGGCCAGAGAGCCAUGGUGUUCGACGCUCUGCAGGAGGCGCUGCUGAGCGGGGGGGUGAUGAACACCUCGCUGGGGGCCCCGUGCCUCGGGCCCUUCGUCCCGCUGAGGAGGUUGAUGGAGCUGGUGGAGGGGGAGGCGGUCCUGGAGGACCUGCGCCCCUACAGGGAGGUCCACUGGCUCCCCCAGCAGGCCCAACUGCUGUUCAAGAAGAUCCAAGAAGUUAAAAACAUCAGCAGAGAAUUGGUUCAGGAUCUAGGUCACAUGACCGGUGGAAUGAGCUGUGAUUGGCUUAGGCUUUGGAACAAUGACACAGACUUUUCAAAGUUAGUUAAGUUGGUCAGUGAUCUUCCUGAAAUUAUAAGACCGGCUCUGAGGAAAUGUAUCGUGGAAGAGCUGAGAAUCCACCCGGAGAUCAGCCUGGAUGAUCUCCACCCCUGGUUCGCUGCAGCGUUACCCGUCACCAUGGCCGAGCGGCUCUCCAACACGUCUCUGACCCGGAUCCUGGUCCUGCUCAGGAGGAACCUCCCGGCGUUCCUGACGCUCCCGCGCUACAAGCAGAUGCACCUAGCCGAGCGGGCCCUGACCGUCCUGGCUUCCCCCAGGGCCCUAGCUGAAGGGGCCCUCGAGGGGGACAGCCUGGACCUGCUGGGGCCCCUGGUCCCCUUCCUGGAGCGGGGGACUCUGGCCCUGGUGGACCGCGAGGCCCUCAUCGUGCGGCUGGACGACCUGAGGGGCUACUGCUGGCCCAGUGACCCCCUGGGGGGCCUGGGGCCCCUGCUGGGAGAGAGGACCCUGCUGGGGGAGCCGUCCAAGUGGGAGGUCCAGGACGUGGAACAUCUAGGACGGCUGGUCCUCACACUGUCGGCCAAGCAGAUCAACUCUAUCCCCCUGGCCGUGCUGACCCGGGACGCGGUGGAGCAGGUGCUGGUGGCGCAGCGGCGCUGGGAGGAGACGAGGGCGGGCCGGGCCUGUGAUGCCCACUGCACGGACCCCCGUCGACGGGCAGAGCUCACGGACGGCCUGCUGCGAGGGAUCGUCAGGCCACGGAGCAGGAGAGCCAAAGUCCCGGUCCCAAGCUGUGCGGACAUCAGAGGGACCACUCCCUCCGCCUGGACGGCCAAUCAGCUGAGCCGAAUGACUCCGGAGGAUCUGAGGCUGUGUGUGGACGUGAUUGGUCAGGACAAGUCCCUGAGCCCGGAGCAACGCCGGGCUCUGUGGUUAAAGUACCGACAGGUCUUGGGUCCAGCGAGGGAGCUGAGCGUGGAGCAGCUCCUGCUGCUGGGCGCGGUGGUCACCGAGAUGGGCGAGAGGGAGCUGCAGGAGGCAGAGCUCGCCCAGCCGGGGGUCCUGGAGCAGCUGGGGGUCCUUGGGGCCUGGAGCCCUCAGAAGAUGAGGGCGGUGGUCGUGAGUGUCCUGAGGAAGCGGCGACAGAGGGUGGAGCAGCUGACGGCGCCGGACCUGGCGUCGCUCGGGGGGCUGGUCUGCGGCCUGCACCCCCCCGAGAUCAAUCGGAUCGACGCCUACAAUCUCAGCCUGGCUGUCCUGUUCCUGCGGGAGGCGGUGCUGCCUUGCUCAGAGGAGCAGCUUCAGGCCCUGACCGGGCGGCUGUCCCGGCCCGAGGCCUUCGGGGCGGUGUCCGGCUGGGGGCCCGAGGUGUUCACCGAGAUCGGGACGUUGGCAGCGGGGCUGCAGGACAUGGCACUGUCCUCCCUGGUAAGAGAGCAGAUAGAGGGUCUCACACUGGAAGCCAUUCCCCUGAUCCCCCCCAAGAAGAUGGCGGUGGUCCUGAGCGCGGCCCAGCUGUCCUGGCUGAGCGGGGAGCAGGCCUGGGCCGUGACCCCGGAGCAGUGGGCGGAGCUGGACGGCCGGCAGCGCCACGCCCUGGGCCUGGCCCAGUACGAGGGGGACGUGCUGCUGGAGAUGAGAGGGAGGAACGGGGCUCCGGCCUCCAGAUCAGCAGACAGACUCGCCCGUUGUUUCCUGGCUGCAUGGAUUCUGCUACGGCUAAUAGAUUAACUUCCUCCAGCACAUUUGUAUUUAUUUGUCCCUUGACUCCAUAUAUCAUUGUCCCAUUUGUAAUUUGAAUAAAGAUUUUGUUUUGAA